UAUUUCUAGCGAGCCCACUCCAUCGAUCGAUCGGUCACGUAGCUCUCCGCGCCUAUGAAAUUCUCUCCAUGGGGAUCCAUCGCAGUAGCAGUGUCCUUCGCCGUGCUCGUCUUGGCGGCAUCGUCGUUCCUCUCGAGCACCAGCGGCGAUCUUCUCUCCAGGCGCUUGUCCAUGCCCCGGGCCGCCAAUGCGGCAUUCUUGACGGCGUGGCUCAGCCGGGGCGAUCGCGAUGGCGAUGGCGAAGGCGGCGAUCGCGGGGUAGGGGGCGCCGGCGGUGGCGCUAAUCCCGAUGAUAAUCCUCCUCUUGGUAAUCGCGGAGCUCGAGCACCGAAAUAUUUCGGAUCACCAUCGCCAUCUCCAUCUCCAUCGCCAGCUCCAGCACCAUCGCCAUCUCCAUCUCCAUCGCCAGCUCCAGCGCCAUCGCCAUCGCCUCCACCGCCAAGAUCUUGCGAUAUUUACUCCGGCCGCUGGGUACGCGAUGAUGGAUACCCCUUGUUCCAGCCAUCCUUCUGCCCCUUCACCGAUGGAGCGUUCCAGUGCCAAGAGAAUGGGCGCAACGAUAGCGGCUAUCUCCAUUGGCGAUGGCAGCCCCAUAGCUGCGAUCUUCCAAGAUUCAAUGCAACGGAUAUGAUGGAGAGGCUGAGGAACAAGACCCUGGCGUUCGUGGGAGAUUCUCUGGGCCGGAAUCAAUGGGAAUCUCUCGUGUGUAUGCUCUACCAGGCCGCCAGGAACAAGAGAAACGUCUACGAGGCUCACCGGCAGCGUGUCGCCAAGGCCGGCUACUACUACUCCAUCGUCUUCGCGGAUCACAGAGUCCACAUCGACUUCUAUCGCUCACACUUCUUGGUCGCGGAGAACCGGAGGCUCCCGGACAAGAUCAAGAGCGCCGCUGCGAACUGUACGCUCUCGCUCGACCGGCUCGAUCCAGCGGCGCGCGAGUGGAGGAGCGCGGAUCUCAUCGUUUUCAAUUCGGGGCACUGGUGGGAACACCGGAGCAUUCACAGCGGGGAGUGCUACUUCAUCCAAGGCUCCAACUACACCACUCAAAUGGACGGUCUCGCCGCGUUCGAGACUUCCAUGAAAACUUGGGCCCGCUGGAUCGAUCGGCAUAUCGGAAGAACACAAAAGAUUUUUGUCCGUGGCUACUCUCCAAACCACUUCAGUGGAGGAGACUGGGACACGGGAGGGAGCUGUGAAUCGCAUCUGGAGCCACUGGCGGACGAAUUCAAGCUGGACGAGCUUUCAAGCAAGGUAGACGUUUUCUCUCGGGUGUUGCGGAGCAUGAAGACGCGUGUGACGUUCCUCAACGUGACCAAGCUCUCGCUGUUCCGCAAAGACGGCCAUGUUGCGAGGUGGGGUAAGAAGCACGGGUGGGAUCAGCAGGAUUGCAGCCACUGGUGCCUUCCGGGAGUCCCAGAUACUUGGAACGAGCUGCUCUACGCUUCGCUAGUGAAGCAGCAGCAGUGACUUCUAAAACAUUCUUUUUCUACACUAAUAAUUAUUCUCUCGGCUCGUGAUUUUGCGAGGUCCAUGCCA